AUGCCGGAGCAGGAAUGGGUGAAGGCUGAGAUGGAGUGUAUCGGGGAUAUCAAUGAUGUGGACUGUCCCAUAGAGUGGGAAGUGGAUGUGAACGGGACGAAGAAAGAGGUUGAUGGCUGGUUGCUAUCUGCGUUAGAGCAGGAACGGAUCGUCGACGCCAGGAAUUCCCUCACCGGACCCGUUGCCGACUUCUAUUCCAGGGAGGAGGGUGACAUGGAGGAGCAGAUGCGUGAAUCCGACUUAAGCCCCUUCGUUGUUGCCGUUCACGGCGUGCUCCUGUAUCGCACUCCAGGCUCGGAGGCCGUAGUUCCGCCGCUUAUCCCCAUUCCAACGACCGUCAAGGCUCUUCAAGAGUUGGCUCUCCGCUACUCCCUCCGUCACCCCAUACUGCUUACAUCCGCCCCGUCCGCGGGUAAAUCACUACUCAUCUCUUAUCUUGCCUCGCUGCUGCACCCUGGCACCCCGAAUCAGGUUGUCAGCAUCCACUUGGCCGAUACUUCCUUGGACCCACGUGCGCUGUUGGGCUCAUACGUGUCCUCCCCGCUCAAUCCUGGCACCUUUGAAUGGAAAGAGGGCGUGUUAGUGCGCGCCAUGCGAGAGGGGAGGUGGAUCGUGCUCGAAGACAUCGACCGUGCAUCGAAUGAGGUUCUCGGCAUCGUCAAACCCCUCGUUGAGUCGCUGGGCGUGGGCAACUCUGUUGGCGCCCUGGCGCACAUUGACGUGCCAUCCCGCGGAACGGUUGAGGCGUCGGAGCAUUUUGCGCUGUUCGCGACGAGGUCCAUGCAGCCGUCGAAGACGAGCAAAUUUCCGAAGCCGGUCUUCUACGGCGCGCACAAGUGGCACGGAAUGGUGGUGGACUCUCCGGAUGAGGACGAGAUGCGCACGAUUGUCGAGGCCAAGUUCCCGAGGAUCGCCGGCCCAGCGGCACGCGGUUUCUUACGAAUGUGGGCCGCUGUCAAGUCGAUGAGGAUCACGGCUGCGGCCAAUGCCCGGCCAGUUGGAUUGCGAGAGCUCGAGCUGUUCUGCAGGCGCAUCGAGGCGUUGUUGCCGUCAUCGUACCAGCCGAUGCAGGUGGACGAGGACGCGGAUGUUCCGUCGCUUUGGAACACGUUCCCGCACCCGCAACUCCGCGAAGACAUGUACCUCGAAGCGCGGGAUGUGUUCUUCAGUGCGGCGCCCCUGACCGCUCCUGCUCAAGCCCAUCAGGAAGCGGUUGUUGCCGCCGUCGGCGAACACCUUGGUCUCACCCCGGAGAAACGGCACGAAGUCCUCAAGACGAGGGUGCCGGAGUUCAAUGUCGAGCGGGACGUCAACGGCAACGUCGCGGCUGUUCGAGCAGGCCGAGUACGCUUGCCCGUGCGCUCCGUAAGGGAAGCCGUCCCACCGCCAAUGCGGCCUUUUGCCAUGCAUCGCCCAGCCGUUUCACUACUUUCACGCGUUGCGACGGCAGUGUCGCUCGGAGAACCGGUCCUCCUCACCGGCGAGACCGGCACGGGUAAAACGUCCGCCAUCACUCACCUCUCCGCCCUCCUCCGUCGCCCACUCAUCAGCUUGAACCUGUCCCAUCAGACGGAGUCCUCCGACCUCGUCGGCGGGUUUAAGCCCGUUGACGCGCGUGUGCCGGCGGUGGAGUUGCAGGAACGGUUCUUGGAGUUGUUUGGGGCGACGUUCAGCCGGAAAAGGAACGAGAAGUUCGAGGAAAGCGUGAGAAAGGCUCUCGGAGAGGGCAAGUGGAAGAGGACGGUCGCGCUUUGGGGGGAGGCUGUGAGGUUGGCGAGGGAUCAGAUUGAGAAACGAAGGAAGGAACUUGACGUCCAGCCGAUACUGAAUCGAGAUGGAAGUGGUCCCGUGGGUGCUAAGGAAGAGCUAGAUUCUACGCACCCUCGUAAGCGGCGGAGGCUGGACAAACCUGCGCUGGAUGCAUCCGAAGGUUCAUGGGAAACGUUCAGCCAGGAUGUGCGCCAGUUCGACAUACAUCAUGUGCAGGGCAAAGGCAAAUUUGCAUUCGCGUUCGUCGAGGGGCCACUUACGAAGGCGCUACGAUGCAGGGUACUCCUUGACGAGGUGAACCUGGCAAGUCCAGAAACCCUCGAAUGCAUAUCCGGCUUGCUCCAGGGUCCUACCGCAUCCAUAACAUUGACAGAACAUGGAUCAUUGGAGCCGGUGCCCCGUCAUCCGGACUUCCGCCUCUUCGCCUGUAUGAACCCCGCUACCGACGUUGGCAAAAAGGAUCUACCCCCCAACAUUCGCUCGCGGUUUACAGAAAUCGACGUGCCUGCGCCGGACAGAGACAGAGCUACCCUUCUGGACAUCGUGUCCCAAUACAUCGGUGCCGUUGCGGUAGGUGACAAAGGUGCGAUCCUGGACGUCGCCGAGUUCUAUACUGCUGUGAACGCAUUGGCACGGGAGCGGCGGAUCGCCGAUGGAUCAAAUCACCGACCCCAUUACAGUAUGCGUACUCUCUCCCGAGCCCUUACAUUCGCCGCGGACAUCACCCCGGCCUUCGGUCUCCGACGAUCACUAUGGGAAGGUUGCAUGAUGGCGUUCACAAUGGUCCUUGACGAACCCAGCUUGGCCAUGGUAACUGGGCUUGCGGAACUGCACCUUCUGAAGGGCGUUCGUAACGUGCGCUCGAUGUUGAUGAAGGAGCCUGCUCCUCCGGCGAAUCGGGCCGUGGACGAAUUCGUCAGGUUUGGACCGUUCUAUCUAGAGCGUGGACCGCUGCCUAUCGAUCCGGCCGAGGAUUACAUCAUCACUCCCUCCGUAGAACGCAAAUUGGUGGAUUUAGCGAGGGUCAUCCUCACACGUCGCUUCCCUGUCCUGAUUGAGGGCCCGACCUCGGCCGGCAAAACCAGCUCCAUCGAGUACCUGGCCAAGCGGACCGGACAUCAUUUCGUUCGCAUCAACAAUCACGAGCAUACGGAUAUUCAGGAGUACCUUGGUGCCUAUGUUUCCGAUCCUUCCACAGGCAAAUUAGUGUUCAAAGACGGCCUCUUGGUCCGCGCUCUGCGUGAGGGUCACUGGAUUGUUCUCGACGAACUCAACUUGGCAUCCACUGACGUACUGGAAGCUCUGAAUCGGCUGCUCGACGACAAUCGCGAGCUUGUGAUCCCUGAGACCCAGGAGGUCGUGAGGCCACAUUCCCACUUCAUGCUUUUCGCAACGCAAAAUCCUCCCGGCCUGUACGCAGGAAGGAAGGUCCUCUCGCGUGCGUUUCGUAAUCGUUUUCUUGAAGUCCAUUUCCAGGACGUCCCGCAAACCGAGCUGGAGACGAUCCUUUGCGAACGAUGUCGCAUCGCGCCGUCAUACAGUCAACGCAUCGUCACUGUUUUCCAAGAAUUGCAGAAGCGCCGUCAGUCUUCGCGCGUCUUCGAAAGCAAGCAUAGCUUCGCCACUCUCCGGGAUCUCUUUCGCUGGGCGGGCAGAGAUGCCGUUGGAUACCAGGAACUUGCGGAGAACGGCUACAUGCUGCUAGCUGAACGCGCUCGCCGUGAUGACGACAAGGCGGUUGUGAAGGAGGUGAUCGAGUCCGUCAUGCGAGUUCGCAUCGAUGAGGAGUCACUGUACUACGCCAAUCGGAGCAUCGAGGGUCUGGAAUCAUUCAUCGGGUGUCCAUUUCCAUCCACAUCGAGUAUAAUCUGGACCAAGGCUAUGCGACGCUUGUUCAUUCUCGUCGCCCGUGCAUUGCGGUUUCACGAACCGAUUUUACUCGUUGGCGAGACAGGUUCCGGCAAAACGUCAGUGUGUCAAGUGUUCGCGAACGCAGUAGGACGAGUGCUUCAGACGCUGAACUGUCACCAAAAUACGGAGACGGCAGAUCUCAUCGGUGGUCUUCGACCACUUCGUAACCGCACGAUGCAGGAGCGUCAAGUGAUUGAUGAGGCACUAUCUCUCCUGUCUCAGUACGGGAUGGCGUCUGUGCCACCCAACGCUGAGGCAAUACUCUCCGCCAUAACCUCACUACUGAAGUCGGGACGCCUGGACACUGCGGACACGGAGGCUGUGCGAGCAUCACGACAAAAGCUACGGUCGCUUGGUGUUAUGUUUCAAUGGCAUGAUGGGCCUCUGGUAGAAGCGAUGAGGGCGGGCCAGAUUUUCCUCCUUGAUGAGAUCUCUCUCGCGGACGACUCGGUUCUCGAACGCCUGAACAGUGUGCUGGAACCCGCUCGUACCAUCGUCCUCGCGGAACGUGGCGACGAAGCUGGUCCCAUCCGGGCUUCAGAGGACUUCGAGCUCAUCGCUACCAUGAAUCCUGGAGGCGAUUACGGGAAGAAAGAGCUGUCUCCCGCCCUGCGCAAUCGUUUCACCGAAGUAUGGGUUCCACCCGUCAACGAGCGUCCGGAUCUUGCCCUCAUUAUAAACCACUCUUGGAAAGCGCCAUGCUUGACACGGUUUACUGGCCCCUUACUUGAUUUCGUCGAGUGGCUUGGCGACCGAAUUGGGGAUCGUAGCGUAUUAGGCCUACGGGACAUAUUAGCAUGGGUGCAAUUUUCAAAUACGAUGCAAGAGUCCCAUGGUGCUACGGCGAUGUCGCCAGAGCAGAUCUUCCAUCACGGAGCCCAUAUGACUGUGCUGGAUGGCCUAGUCUCGUGGCCGCAAUUGUCGACGCAUACCACCGAGGCACUACAACAGCUGAGGGACAGAGCAGAAUCGCAUCUACAACAACUUGUUCCGCUCUCAACCGCGGACUCGUACGAAACCGAAUACGACAUGACUCGAUUUGUGCAGCUUGGCCCGUUUGCUCUUCCUCGAGGGCCAUCGAGCCCUAUCCUUCGCGAUUUCAAUCUACGAGUUCCCACCACCCGAGACAACGCUGUUCGCAUAACCCGUGCCUUCCAAGUCCAGAAGCCGAUCCUGUUAGAAGGGAGUCCUGGAGUUGGCAAAACCAGUCUCAUCGCAGCCCUUGCUAACAUUUCCGGGCACCAUCUUCACCGCAUCAAUCUCUCUGACCAGACCGAUCUAGUUGAUCUCUUCGGAUCCGACCUUCCGGUUGAAGGUGCAGGUCCCGGGGAUUUCGCGUGGAGGGAUGGAGAGUUCCUGACGGCUCUCAAGGAAGGCCAUUGGGUACUACUGGACGAAAUGAAUCUUGCCUCACAGACGGUCCUUGAAGGUCUUAAUUCAGUAUUGGACCACCGCGGAACCGUCUACAUCCCGGAACUAGGCCGUUCCUUCUUGAGACAUCCUGCCUUUCGCAUUUUCGCCGCCCAGAACCCUCUUCGUCAAGGAGGAGGGCGCAAAGGGUUACCGAAGUCGUUCGUCAACCGUUUCACCAAGGUUUACGUGGAAGAACUGGCCGCGGAUGACAUGCUCCUCGUCUGUCAGCACCUAUUUCCAAAUUAUCCUGCGCCCAUGUUGCACGGCAUGAUCAAAUUCAACACCCUGCUCGUGGAGGAGGUGGUGAAGAAACGUAGCUUUGCUCGCGAUGGCCAUCCUUGGGAGUUCAAUCUACGUGAUGUUGUUCGAUGGGCUUCACUACUUGGCGGCCCGACCAUCCAACAUCCUGUUCAUCAUCUGCGGACUGUUUAUCUCAGCCGAUUUAGGUCAGAGGACGAUCGCCUCCAGGCAAGAAAGCUGUUCGAGACCGUUUUCCCAAUAUCUACUGAGUUUCUGUGUCGCGCGCCUGGCGUUGUGAUUACGCCUUCGGACGUCCAGAUAGGCCAUUUCUAUGGGAAGCGCUCCACCACAGUCGGACAUGGUUCAAUGGGCUGCGCCACUCCGCUACAGGCUCAGCUCACCGCGGCCGAGACAAUGGGACUAACGUUGUCACAGCGAUGGCCGGUCAUCCUCCAGGGUGCGCUCGAUAGCGGGAAAACGAGUUUGACGAGAGCUAUGGCUAGACUCAUAGGCGGCGAACUUCACGAGCUGUCUGUCAGUAGUUCCACGGACACCACCGAUAUUCUAGGCAGUUUCGAGCAGGUCGACAAGGUCAGUCAUUCGAUUAAGCUGUCCUCAGAAGUCUUGUCAUUUGUCGCCGAACAACUGCGAACAUUCCUUGGUACGGAAGAGGAACUCCUUGACCGAUACGCCGCGUCGAGGAGGAGCCUCCAGCAAGCGACGCCGUCUAUGCUUACGACCAUGUCUUGGCCCUCCGAAGUGCUUGACGGCCUCCAUCUUCGACGCCCGGAGGACCUUAAGGCCCAGGAAGACUUGAUGGUGAGGAUACGGAACUCCACAACGCUUCAGGACGCAGGUCGGUUUGAGUGGGUUGACGGACCACUGGUGACUGCUCUCAAACAAGGGCACUGGCUACUUCUGAGCGGGGCCAAUCUAUGCAAUCCCUCCGUUCUGGAUCGACUCAAUGCGCUCUGUGAGCCGGGGGGAGUCUUGACUCUGAGCGAACGCGGACAGCCGGACGGUGCCACUCAAGCCAUUACUCCCCAUCCCGACUUCAGGUUGGUGAUGGCCGUCGACUGGGGCUAUGGAGAACUGUCACGCGCAAUGCGCAAUCGUGGCAUCGAGAUAUCGCUCAUAUCUACCGGGACGAUCGAGGACGACACAAAAAUCCGGCAUCAUUCUAGGUUACCUACGGACGACAGCGGGUUGCACCAUACACAAGCUGUGGUGGCAUUCGAGGCUGCGCGUAGAUGUCUAGUCGAUGACUGCCUCAUGGCGAAAGAACGGCCGAAAGUGCUUAUUCCUUACAACUCGAGCAUGCUGGUCCUAGAUGGUUUAUUGGCGCUCUUACCGACAUCGGACUCCGCUGGCAUAUAUAGGGAAGAUGCUCUCCUGCAAGCUCUGCUGAUCAAUGCGCCUCCGGGUUACAGAGCAGUCGUUCGACGCUUCCUGCACAGUCACCAUUUCAGCGCCACCUUCAUGCCCUCGCUCGAAUCCGUGCUGAAGAUGACUGAGAGCAAGCAGUUCUCCGAGGUCAUGUCUGAGCUUCGUGAACGGUAUGCGCGUCAAUGGGGAUUACCAGUAGACGUAUUUGCCGCUCAGCCAAUGGACUUCUUUAUGCACAACUUACCUCGAUAUGUUUGCGGGAUUGAAUCGCGUGACGAUCUCGCCCAUCGACAUCUGCUGUCGCUGUCCCGAAUCUUGACGAACCUUCAUUUUGCCGCUGAAGACUUCCUCCGUAAAGAAUCCGUGAUCGCUUCCGCCCGCAUAUCCGGUACCCAGGGCGACGAAGAUCGGGCCCGUGAGGAAAUCAAACAUGUCGUUUAUCUCAUCCUCCAGCAGGCAGAAGCAAUACUAGCAGGGACACACGGGGUGGUGGACGUGGAAUUGGUCAUGACGCAUUGGAUCCUGGAAAAUUCCCAGAACUCGGGGACAAGCUUCGAGAACGUCGUGGUCUCAGCUUCUACCCUGAAGGACCUCGUCUUUCCGAAGAGAGGACUUGGCCUGACGGAGAUCUGGUCCGCCAUGUCCUCUCAAGGUAUAGGCCAGCUACAGCAAAACAUGAACUCAAAGAAUACGGGAUUGGUCCACGAACUUGCAGCGUUCAGUGGCAAUAUGGAUACAACGGGACACGCCGCGUCACCAUCACUUGAAGGGCCGAUCAGAAAGAGUGAAGUCUUGGUCGAUAUACAAGGCACGAUGCUAUCACACAGCCGAUGGUUCGACGUGCUGUGGCAGAGCGACACGGGCGGUGCGACGUUGCUCGAAGCCACGCAACUCAAGGCCGUGGUAGAUCUUUGUCGCAACACAGUCGUUACGGUAGCUGCGGAGCGCUGGUUGACCCCGACUUUGGAUAACCUCGCGGAGGCGUGCGCAAGUCGAGAAAUCGAUGCCCUAGCAAUUGGGCAUGGUUUCCUGUCCGUCAGCAGAUUCUUUUUGGAAUUAUACUUCCCAGACCGUCCUAUCGACCCAGCCGAGAAGCAGCAUUUCAUCAAUUCUUACUGGCAGCAAGAAGUCGAACGACUCGCUGCUUUGUUGGACAUGCAGGCCAGGUAUGAACUGAAGCGAACAGGAAACAAGGGCAACAGCUGCAUGGACCUCAUACGGUCGAAACUGGAUGCGGCGAGCGGUAAACUGAUGGACUCGCCAGCCCCGAUUCAGAUGGCGCGACGCGAUCCUAGCAGGAUGCGUGGUUUGUGGAUGGAGGCGUCCCAGUUUCUCGCCCAAGUCGCAUCCGUUCCGCGCAUAGAUUCCCUGUUGGAUUUCCUCGGAUCCGAACCACUCUCGGCGGCGUCGCAAGAGCAAGUCGUUCAGGAAUCUAUACGUGGUUUCCUACGGCGAUUGGACAACACCUACGCAGAAUAUGGCGACGUCUGUUUCCCACUGAGACUCGCUUUGUCACAGAUGCAGUUGGGCCUGCGCCUAAUCGCUCAUGAAAGAGCGCGGAAAGGAGCCGCCAAGUUCAAAAUCGCACAUGCAUGCCUUGGCUUCCCAACCGUCUGUGCUGUUGCAAAUAUUCGUUCAGCAGACAUAGCACCUUCAACGUCGAUGUUCUCGGAUCUGGUUCUUCGCCUUUCUGCGCUCGCGUUUUGCUCAAGGAACAUCAACGACUCGAAGUAUUAUCUCCCACUUGUCGAGAGCAUCUACGAGCAGUCAACGCUAUUGUGGUCCAUCGACAAAGUCAAGGAACAGGAACAGGAAGCAGAAAAACAGAGUCUAUAUCGACGGAGGAGGCUUGAUCAUGACCCUCCCACAGAAACAGAGGUGGAAGAAGCAGAAUUCAACGCUCUAUUCCCCACAUAUGAUGACAUCGAUGCUGAACCCCUACAAGUUUCUGCCCCAUCGACGUCAGCUCGGAACAUAGAUGAAGGGCAACUGCGGCAUUUACUCCAUUGUCAUUAUCAGAUGUUCGAGGGUUCACCUUGUACCGAGGAGGCGAAGGCCGCCUCUCUUGACAAUCUCCGCGAAGUCCAGGCGAAGAUGACCCGUACGCUGUUUGACGCCGAAGCCAACAGUGUGCCAGACGGGCUCGACGACGAGACGAUACCUCGCCAAAUGACCUGGCUUCAGGACAGACUGCGCAGCCUGCGCGAGUCAGAGACAUCAGGUUCAUUCAAUUUCUAUCUCGACGCAAACGUACCAGAAAUCAGGAAGGCCGCGGACGUGAUCAAGACUUUGCUGGCCCGUCUAGACCUCCUGAUCAUUGAAUGGCCGGAUCAAAUGGUACUGCAGCAUAUUAGAAUGCGAUGCAGAGCAUUCCUCGCACUCAACUUGCAGACUCCUGUCGCGAAAGCGCUCUCGUUCCUUGAACAUCUCCUCAGUCACACGGAAGAUUGGGAAAUGUUUUCUAACAAGGAAAAUUCGAUCAAGACGAAUCAGAGAGCGAUCACAGAACUCAUUGUGGAAUGGCGGCGCCUAGAGCUGUCAUGCUGGAAGCGGCUUCUUGAGAGCCAGGCCAGCCUUUUCGCUGCCGAAGUGGCUCCCUGGUGGUUCCGACUGUACGAUGCGUUGAUCAGAGGGCCGUCAAGCCUAGCUUCCGCUAGCGAGGAGGAAGCAAAUACUUACCUGGACGAUAUUAUCCCGCUUCUCGACGAGUACAUCACCUCAAGCCCAGUGGGUCAAUACCAAGAAAGGUUACGUCUCCUGAAGAGCUUCGGGACGUAUGCUACCUGGUUGGGUGAAACUCGUACCGGGCAACUACAGCAUAUUCUAGGUCGGACCGCUGGGGUUGUCCGGUCUAAACUGGCUUUCUUCUCCCAAUUCUCGUCAGGAAUAUCUACUGCGUUGGCCACGCAGAGGGGCGUUUUGGAGACGGAAAUCCGUGGCUUUAUUAAACUCGCGAGCUGGAGGGACGUCAAUGUUCAAGCGCUGAAGCAGAGCGCGCAGCGGACCCAUCGGCAAUUAUACAAGAUCACCCGCAAAUUCCGAGAUGUUCUACGACAACCCAUUACGGCCCUUCUUGUUUAUGACACAAGUACGAAGAUGCCGGAUGUCUCCUUCGUUGCCCCAACGAUCAUGCUCGAUUAUGCUACCGCAUUCACGAACCCACCAACUCUGGCUCUUGCCCCCUUACUCGAAGGACGACACCGAGCCGAUCCCGUGCAGGCUGUUUCGCGCCUGGAUCUUUAUGCUAAAGACCGUAUCCUCCCCGCCAUAACUCUGUGUAAUCCAAAAGUCCUCUUCCAGCUGUGCUCAGAUAUCGCGGAGACGUCUGAAAGUUUGGCCAGGGAGGCCAUUCCCGAGCUCCCGAAAGCCAGGAAAGAGCAGCUGCAGAAAGCUCUGCUGGUUCGCAAGAGAAAAGCUUGGAGUGAUCUGCUCAAGGAGCUUCGUCGCGUCGGAUUCACUAGCAAUCUCAAGCCAGACACAUUACUCCUUCAGAGGAACGCUCGCUGGAUCACUGAGCAGCCGAUGGUUGGGCCAAUGACACAGGUUCCCGCCUCUUUUAGGAGCAUGGAUCGACUACUUCAACGUUUGCUUGCCAUCCUCCCUGAAGUCAGAGGUGCCCCCUCCCAUCAUCACGACGACCUGAACACACGAGAGAUCCAACGCGGGCUGAUGUUCGUGGAAUCCGCACUAGGUAUGAGUCUGCAAUCACGCGCUAUUGUUACCCGGUCUCUCUCUUCCUUCGCAGCGCUCAGCAAAGCAAUCAAUCGACUGCGCCGCCUAAAGUCAUCGCCGAGGGUCCUGGCGUAUGGGGCCGCAGCAAUGGACAAGCUUCUGCAAGCCAAGAACGUGGUGUGCGAACUCGAAAACGCUGUUUCGGAAGUGCUCAGGGGACUGCUUAGUCUGGAACAGCAUAAGAUCGCCUUUGAAGUGCCGCCUGUAUUCUUGGCGGAGGCCAACACGCGUCUUUCCACCCUGGCGACUCUUCGGCAGCGUGCCGAGACCGCUAUAGGGAACGUUAGCGAAACGUCAUUCCACGUCCUCCUCGAAGAUGACAUGAAUGCUCUCCGUGACUGUAGGCAUGCCGUCGGUCAAUGGAAUGAUCACUUCGCCCAAUGGCAACGAGAGAUGCCCCAGUUAAUACCAUGGCUAUCGCCGGUCCAGUCCUGGCUUGUCGGUCACGCAGAAAUCAAUCUCGAGUUCGCUGCCCUGAAUACAAGCCCCCCUGAUGUAUCGGAUGUGACGGACAGCGUUCUCAUCAGCAUGCAGAAGGUGCUCGCUCUUUGUCCCGAAACGCCAUCUGCAACUGCGGAAGACGCCGAUGACAAUUGGAUCAAGCUAGGAUCCCGCCAGCUAUGCGCUCUUACGACUGCACUUUCUAUCGACAUGAUCGUGGGCAAGAUCGAAGCAUAUUUGAUAUCGCUGACUGGCACCUCUGAGCACGAGAUCGAGGCGCAUACCGAAGCCAUUCUGGUUUUCCUCGAUCGUUACGCUUGCAUUGCGGAUACCCAACUCCGAACACACAGCGAGUGGUCGGCGGGACUGCUCAAGCUGACAUAUUUUACGGGCUCUAUCCUUCGCACGCUGGCCACCCAAGGGUUUUGCAAGCCCCCUGAAACGGACAGUGGCGGAGAUGGCCAGGGCGAAGUCCUGGAUGCUUCUGGAGGCGUUGGACUGGGCGCUGGCGAGGGUGCGGACGACGUGAGCAAGGAGAUUGAAGACGAAAGCCAGGUCGAAGGUUUGCAAGGCGAUGAUCCUAUGGAGAAGAAUCGAGAUGGCGAGAAGAAAGAAGAUGAUGCCGUGGAGAUGGGUCAGGACUUCGAGGGUGAUCUACAGGACGUCGAGGAGAACGAAGACGAUCGUGAAGGUUCUGACGAUGAUCACGACGAUGAUCACGAUCUGGAAGAGAAAAUGGAGGACUUAGAUGCCUCGGACCCCGAUGUAGUCGACGAACGGCUAUGGGGUGAUGAGCAAGUGGCUGGCGCGAAUGAAACCGAUGACAGAAUGAAUGAAGGUCAACCAAAGGGGCCAGAAUGGGAGACCGAGAUAUCCGCGAAGGAACAGGAGCGAGAACGUCGGGAUAGGGAAACGGCUGACGAAAACGACAAAGAGGCACAACCAGACGAAGCCGAAUUGCCAGAAGAAGGUGACAGCCGUCCAGAAGGCGCCGCUAUGGACGACUACGUGCAAGAUGCGGAGGUACUUGAUCUUCCCGACGAUAUCGACAUGGAGAAAGAAACAGAGAAAGAAGGCGAAAAUGACUGGGAUCCGAGUGAUGACGGCAUUUCCGUAGACGAUGACGGCCAGGAAGCACAGGAGAACCAAGCGGACUCGGAUAUACGGGCUAACUCUCCGGAGACCAUGCCAGAGACGAGGCAAGACGUCGAGAACGGAGAUGGCUUGGAGGAGGAUUCUGAAGGCAUGGAUAACCACGAAGACCAGGAUCGAGACCAGGACUCUGAGGAGGGUCCUACCGCCGCGAAAGCUGACCUCAAAUCAGGUGAUGGGUCAGCAGGCGAGGGCCUUACAUCCAAAGCCAACGAUGAAACCCCAGCUACUGCUGAGCCAGAGGAUGGUCAAAUACCUAUGCAAAGCUCGAGCGAUGACGUCGGAUGCGAAGAGAAACAGCUUGAGGAGCCGUCAACCAAGGGGUCUAGCGCUAAUGCUACACGGCAACGAAGCCCGGAUGCCGGCCUUGAUCAUCAAGAUGCAUUAUCUCUCGACGCCCAGCAGGUCGGAGCACAAGAGCAACAUAGUAACGCUAACGAAACUUCACCUCCCGUCGGCCGUCGGCUAGCCGGGGACGUCAGUAAGGAAGUGCUCAAUCGCGCCGAAGAUGUUCAACAAGGCACAGACGCGCCGUCUAUGGAGAACGAACCAGAUAGACCGGAUGUCGAAAUGGAAUAUGUGGUGGAGGAUGAUCAAGAGCAUCGACAAGCGCUUGGUCCGGCCCAAGAUGAUGAGGCGGCGAAGAUACGAGAUCUGCGGAUGGUUGACGAGCAUAUGGCAUUCUCGGGAGAAGCCGCUCCAAUGGAUGUGGACGAACAACCCUCGGAGCCCCAAAAUAAUCAGGAAAAGGAGCGGCAUGAGCUGUCGGAGUUACCUUCCAAUGUUCUCAGCGAGGACAUUGCUCGCGCCUUGACAAGAGUUGAUGUUUACACGGGCAAUCAACCCGAUCCAAACGUGGUCGAUGAACCUGGUGCUCCAGGGGGACGCUCUGAUAAGGAUGCUCGACCAGAGCUUCUUGACGAUGAGAAUCUACUAGAGAACGCCGAAGCGCAACUACGUCAAUGGCAGGCGGAUGGACAACCUGUCGGGGAUGCCGAGCGACUGUGGCGGACCUAUGAAUCACUCACGCACGACCUCUCUUAUUCCCUCUGCGAACAACUCCGCCUCAUUCUGGAACCCACCAUGGCGACGCGCCUCAAAGGCGACUAUCGCACCGGCAAACGCUUGAAUAUGAAGAAGAUCAUCCCUUACAUCGCCAGCGACUACACCAAGGACAAAAUCUGGUUGCGACGCACGCGGCCCAGCCAACGCGAGUAUCAGGUCAUGAUCGCCUUGGAUGACUCCCGGAGCAUGGCGGAGUCGCAUUCCGUGCAUCUUGCCUUCCAGACUCUCGCGCUGGUGAGCAAGGCGCUGGACCGGCUGGAAGUGGGUGACGUUGGCGUGGCUCGUUUUGGGGAGGCUGUGGAGAUCCUGCACGACUUGGGCGCGGGCACUUUCAGCGACCAAGAAGGCAUCAAGGUCAUGCAGGCAUUCCGAUUCAACCAGCGAAGUACCAAUGUUCUGCAGCUCCUGGAGGCCAGCCUACGGGUAUUGGAACAGGCACGCGAAAGAAGAGCCGCAAGCUCGUCAUCAGCAGCAGAUCUCUGGCAACUCGAAAUCAUCAUAUCGGAUGGCAUAUGCCAGGACCAUGAUAGACUACGGACGCUGCUUCGCAAAGCCGAGGAACAACGCGUGAUGAUCGUGUUCAUCAUCCUGGACUCGUUGAAGUCGAAUGCGGCGUUGCAACACGAAGGCGGGACAGAGUCCAAUUCCAUCGUUUCCAUGACCCAAGUGGCGAUGAAGACCAUAGAUGGGCGAGUAGAGAUGCAGAUGGAGCGGUACCUCGACACAUUCCCGUUCGAGUAUUACCUUGUGCUCAGGAGCGUAGAGGCCCUCCCUGACAUACUCUCUGGUACCUUACGACAGUUCUUUGAGCGAAUAUCUGAAGCAUAG